GACACGGGGGUGGUGGGUGGCAGUGAUGGGUGAAUAGGGGGGUGCGGUUAAAGGACUACCCAGUGGCAGCCAGUCAGGUGCUCUUGGUCCACACUUUGACUGUGACUUUGACAUGCAAACACCAGGCGGAGACUUUAACAAUCAAGUUGGUCGUAGUUAUUUAGCAGACAUGGUGGACACUCAGCAGCUCCUAGCCUGGCCGGUGGGUUUCAGUCUGAGCGCCGCCGAUCUGCCCGAGCUGGACGACAGCUCUCACUCGCUGGAGAUGAAGCACCUGACCACGUUGGAUUUUGCCUCCAUCUCGUCUUCGUCCUCCUCCCUGUCGCCUUCGAUCAUGUCCUCCAUGUCAUCCGUCGGCAUGGCCUAUGACACCAGUCCGCCGCAGGGUGACGAACACCUCACUAAUCUGGACUACACCAGUAUGCACAGCUACAGGACUCACGCAGACCUACACAAUUCCAUCAAACUUGAGCCAGAAUCGCCUCCGCAAAACACUGACAGUCCGGUCUUCUCCAAGCUCCAGGACGAUGCGUCGACAACUGCGCUCAACAUCGAAUGUCGCGUGUGUGGAGAUAAAGCCUCCGGCUUUCACUAUGGCGUCCACGCCUGUGAGGGAUGUAAGGGUUUUUUCAGGCGCACCAUCAGGUUAAAGCUGGUGUACGAUCACUGCGACCUCCACUGUCGCAUUCACAAGAAGUCCCGCAACAAAUGUCAGUACUGUCGCUUUCAGAAGUGCCUGAACGUUGGCAUGUCACACAAUGCUAUUCGUUUUGGCCGGAUGCCCCAGGCAGAGAAGGAGAAACUGCUCGCGGAGUUCUCGUCAGACAUGGAGCACAUUCACCCGGAGGCGGCUGAUCUGAGGGCCUUGGCCAAACAUUUGUACGAAGCCUAUCUCAAGUACUUCCCCCUUACCAAAGCCAAGGCCAGGGCCAUCCUCUCAGGCAAGACAGGAGACAAUGUGCCUUUUGUCAUCCAUGACAUGAAGUCUCUAAUGGAGGGAGAGCAGUUUAUCAACUGCAGGCAGAUGCCCAUUCAAGAGCACCAGCAGCAGACGCCUGACCCUUCCGCCACACAUGGAGGUGCUCUUCUGGGGUCGGAGUUCAGCUUUUUGGGAAUGACGAGUGUCACAGACCAUGGAACGACCAACGCCGUCGAGCUGCGUUUCUUCCACAGCUGCCAGUCCCGCUCAGCUGAGGCUGUGAGGGAAGUGACAGAGUUUGCCAAAAGCAUCCCGGGGUUCGUCGACCUAGAUCUCAAUGAUCAAGUGACGUUGCUCAAGUACGGUGUGAUAGAGGUUCUCAUUAUCAUGAUGGCGCCCCUUAUGAACAAAGACGGCACCCUGAUCUCUUAUGGCCAAAUAUUCAUGACGCGCGAGUUCCUCAAGAGUCUUCGGAAGCCCUUUUGCCACCUGCUGGAGCCCAAGUUUGAGUUCUCCGUCAAGUUCAACACGUUAGAGCUGGACGACAGCGACAUGGCGCUAUUCCUGGCCGUCAUUAUUCUCAGCGGAGACCGCCCGGGCCUGUUGAACGUCAAGCCCAUCGAGCAGCUCCAGGAGACGGUGCUGCACUCGCUGGAACUGCAGCUCAAAGUCAGCCACCCGGACUCCCUGCAGCUGUUUGCCAAACUACUCCAGAAGAACCGACCUGCGACAGAUCGUCACCGAUCACGUGCACCUCAUCCAGCUGCUCAAAAAGACCGAGGUGGAUAUGUUGCUGCACCCGCUGCUGCAAGAGAUCAUGAAGGACUUGUAUUAGAAAUGAGACCACAGCGGAUAGGCGAGGAGGUUGCAACAAGUGGCAAUUGAGAAAGAGACGUGGAGGAAUGGGAAGGACUGUUCACGCCUCGUCUAGACUAUGUACCGUCAUCCCUCCCAUGGUUCCGGCUUGCAAAACCACAGCGUGCAGUUCGGAUUCUGACCCGAGAGAGUUCUGAUUGACAUGUUGGGCAGACUUGCGCCUGCAAGGGCAAAUGUAACUGUGAACGCCACACAACGUGUUUGUUUGUGUGCGGCUUAUCUACGUGCUUUCACACAGACACGCAAAGCAUGAGAAUGUCCAGGAUGUUCAGCGAUGUCACAGGAUCAAAUACAUAACUCACCUGUUCCCAUUCCCACCAAGGCAAUCUGAAAGGUGCCAUCUUGUCAGCUUCAUCUAAACAACGAGACAAUCAGAUUGGUUGCUGUCGCAUAUUUUCUGUGUCGGCUGUCAAGGAACAAUCAAGAUGAACUUGGCACUAUUGUGCCUUUGCGCUGUACAAUAAGUACUAAGUAUUAAGUAUUAAGCACAGAGUACAGUGGAACCUUCAUGGUUGCUCUCAUUUCAAAACCAUCAUUUUAUAGUGAAAAAAACUCAGCCUGUCUCUAAAAAUCUGUUUUAUAUUAUGAAAUAUGUUUAUAAUGACCUCUAUAAUCACACUCUACAGUAUUGUACUAUAUAAAAGCAUACAGUAGUAACAUCAUCAAAUUGAAUGCGUUAAACAGUAUUUACAUCCCAAUUUCAUACUUGGCCACCAGGGGCAAGAAAAUACAUACAGUGGUGCUUUGCGAUACAAGUGACUCAACUCACAAAUUUUUCACACGGCGACACGCAAGGUUGGCAUGCGCCGAACAUUUUUCAGAAGAUGCAUCCGAGAUUAGAGGGGCUGGCGCAGUGAUUUCAAAGUGCUAACUAACAGUAAUCGACCAGCCAGUGGGGAAAGCUGCCCUGUUACUUUCUGGGCGGAUGAUCCAUAAGCUCUUCCAAAUUUGGGCAAGAUUGCGCCAGGUGUUGUUGUCUGCGCAUUCUGCCUCGUGGCAAACUCCAAGAAAACUAAGUGCAAUGUGAAAUGGCCUUUUAGGUUGAACUGGAGUCCCAUGAGUUUUGCACAAGAUGACCGCUUGAACUCUUUUUUUGACAUUUGGGGUGUCAACUUUGGAGGUUCCACUGUACAUUUGUAUAAAACAGAUUGUGAGUACUUCCAAUUGGUUAUUAUCUUUGUAUGGAUGCAGUUGUUUGUUCUAAUUAUUUUGACUCACUUGUCAAUACAGCAGUGCCUUAUCAAUCGAUCGUUGUGAUGUUUUCUUGAAAAUAGAAACAGAUAAAGGGAUCUGAUUGGUCGCUGUAAAUAAAUCAAGAUAUUUUCUAA